AUACAGUUACUCCUGAAAAAUCUUCAGACAAUAACAUUAAGAAUACAAUUAUUUAUGAAAAUUCUUCGGUCAGAACAAUAAAUGAACCAGAGAUAAAUUAUGUUAACAAAAACAAUGCCAAUAAAUUUAAACAAAAA